GAUCCUCCCCACAUUAACUUCCUUCACAUUUUCUACCCUUCCUUGACUCUCAUUGGACAUACACACAACCCCCCUUCCUUAGCGCGUGAUACCCUUCACACUUCCCACCACCUUUCUCCUUUGUUUAAAUAAAUCUUGAUUCUCCUCUGAUAGCAACCCCUCAUUCAUUUCCUACCUUUUUUCACCCAACUUUCUUCUUCUCCUCUCUCUUCUUCCUCGAACCUUCAAUUUACUUGAACAACUUAUGACUUCUUCUUCCUUCCCCAAUUUUGAACAAAUCAAACAUUUGAUUUUUUGAACAUCACCAACAAAAUCAACCCUUGUUCGUGUUCGUGUUCGUGUUUGUGUUUGGUCUCAUGUUAUAAUUAUUUCCCAAUUCAAUACCCUUUAUUCAUUUAGCGUUCUUGUUCUCCUCCUCUCAUCAUGUGUAUAAAUAUUUUAUACAUAUAGUAUAGUUUAGUUUUCAUUUAUCAAUUUCAAUUCAUUAUCAAUCAAUGAAUCCGCCUCCACAACCGGCGUCGUCCCGCGCUAGACGACGCCCCGACUUAACCCUCCCGCUCCCUAAACGAGACCCGGCUCUCGCGGUCCCGCUUCCUCUCCCUCCCUCCUCCGCACCCACAUCCACUUCCACCUCAACCAACUCGAAUUCCAACUCGAACUCGAACACAGCCGCCAUAUUAAGCUUCUCCGAGCUAGAGCGCAAGAAUCGGAUCGGGUCAGGCGCCGGAGGCACAGUCUACCAAGUAAUCCACCGCCCAUCUUCUCGGAUCUACGCUUUGAAGGUGAUUUACGGCAACCACGAAGAGAUGGUGCGCCGUCAGAUCUGCCGAGAGAUCGAGAUCCUCAGAGAUGUCGAUAAUCCUAAUGUCGUGAAAUGCUUUGAUAUGUUUGAUCAUAACGGGGAGAUCCAGGUUCUUCUCGAGUACAUGGAUCGAGGAUCGCUUGAGGGGAAACAUAUAGCAGACGAAUCGUAUCUUGCCGAGUUAUCCCGGCAAGUUCUUUCCGGAUUAGUGUAUUUGCACAGAAGAAGAAUCGUUCAUCGAGAUAUCAAACCCUCGAAUCUUCUAAUCAACACAAACAAACAGGUGAAAAUAGCUGAUUUUGGGGUUAGUAGGAUUUUAGCACAAACGAUGGAUCCUUGUAAUUCGAGUGUUGGAACGAUUGCGUAUAUGAGUCCCGAAAGGAUUAAUACUGAUCUGAACCAAGGACAGUAUGAUGGUUAUGCUGGUGAUAUUUGGAGUUUUGGGGUUAGCAUUUUGGAAUUCUAUUUGGGUAGAUUUCCAUUUAAUGUUGGUAGACAAGGUGAUUGGGCUAGCUUGAUGUGUGCUAUUUGUAUGAGUGCUCCACCAGAGGCGCCGGCUUCGGCUUCUCGUGAGUUUCGUGACUUUAUCAGGUGUUGCUUGCAGCGUGAACCGGCGAAACGGUGGACGGCGAUUCGACUUCUAGGACAUCCUUUUAUUGUGCUGAAUACAGCUGCUACUCAGAGUAGUCAAAUUGGUAGUCAGAACCACCAGGUUCAUACUUCUCUCCGUCAAAUGUUGCCCCCUCCCCUUCCUCAUUCAUCAUAAUUUUUAUUUUUAAUUUUAAGUUGAAGUUAAAAAAGUCUGUUUUUUUUAAUGCAAUUGCAAUUUUUUUUUUUUUUUUUUGAUGUUUUUUUUUUUGUAAUUUAAAUAUGAUGAGGAGGAGGAUGAUGAGGAUGAAUAGGGGUGAAAUUGUUGUAGCUGAUGUUGUGAUUUUGAUGAAACUAAAAAGAAAUUAAUCAUCAGUUAUUGUAGCUUUUUCAAUUGGAUUUGGAUAGUGUUGAUUCUUCAAUGGUACAAGAAGAAAUGAGAAAUUGUCUUAUUUUCGCCAUUA